AUGGCAGUUCCGAUGGUACAGUCGAUCCACAGAGAUCCAGCGCUGUUCUACUGGAUACUCUUUCCAAUUUCUAUUGUCAUGAUCCUCACUGGUGUUCUCCGCCACUACGCAACAGUCCUGCUACAGACCACCCCGAAAAAGCAAGAACUUCCCGCCCUACGAGAGCAGCGGUCUCUGCUACGGGGAAUCAAUCUUCGCUCCAAUUCCUCCGCCAUUCCCUCAACGGCCUUCGCCUCUCGAAGGCAGUACCUCGUGUCUGCAUACAAAGAUGGAACGUUCCUCAAAGACCCGGAGAAUCGGGGUAAACCUGCUGGCAACCCAAUGACAGAUCCAGCAGCCAUGGAAGGUAUGAUGGGCAUGAUGAAGGGAAAUAUGGCGAUGAUGAUACCGCAGACGCUGAUCAUGGGCUGGAUAAAUGCUUUCUUUGCUGGCUUUGUCAUCACUGCGAACCAAAUGGCACAGCAAAUGUCCCAAAUGAACCCAGGGGCUGGCGCUGGCAUGUUUCAACCGGGCCAGGAUGCAGAUAAGAUGUUUCGAAGUGAAGCAGAGAAUUUGGAAGUUGUAGAACAUGAAUACAUACUGAAGGGGGUUGAAGAUAGAUUGCUUGCAUGA